CUCCGUUCGUCCAACCAGUAAAGUUGGUCGGACAUCGAUGCACGCACAUUUGUGACGGCGCAGUGUUAAUAAGGCACUCCAUUACACUUUUAAUUACGACCACAGUAGCAUAAUAACGUGAACAUGGAAUAUAGGAACGGUCGUAAAUUGAGUACUUAAACAGAUAUAUUCUUGUGGCUCACGGCAUAAAUACGCACACAGAAGCCCUGAUCAAACAUGUUGCCAAAUAUGCUGUCAGUAACAACAGCAAUUAACCCAAGGUACUGCUAAGCUGUGUUCGGCGAACAGCUAUCCCAAAAUAAUCCACACACUUUAAACUUCUACGUAUCUUGUAUUUGCUGGUGCGUUUCCUUUUCAUUGCUGGCUGAGUCGUCGGAUUCAACAUGGCCGGAGACACUGAGGCGACAUUCAUACUCUCGUUGGACGAUGACGAGGAUGAAGCGAAUGUCGUACAGACGAAGGAGAACACAUUCGAAGUCUCUAUAACACUACCUGAAGAAAGUACGGAUGACAAGGCUAGUUCAAUGGACUUAACACAACAGCUACGUUGGUUUCAUGACUACCUGAAAGACGAACUGAAGACAUUCAACGGCAAAUACGAAAAACCAUCGAAGGACACUGCGACCCUUAAUGAUUUUGACCGGAUCAAAACUCUCGGCACUGGAUCAUUUGGCCGCGUUAUGUUGGUGAAACACAAAAGGAAUAAACAGUACUAUGCAAUGAAGAUAUUAGGAAAACAGAAGGUUGUUAAACUCAAGCAAGUUGAACAUACGCUCAACGAAAAGAACAUCUUGCAGGCGAUCAACUUUCCCUUCUUGGUGAAAAUGGAAUUCAGUUUCAAGGCAAGUAAAGUUCGUAAGCUUGAUGUGCAUGUACUUAAAGGUUACGUAUUUUUCUUUUUCCAACAUGCUAUGAACCUAAUUUGA